GCACAGCCCAUUGAGAAGCACGACCGCGCGGCAUGUCCCGCGUCUCGUGCCGGACAUGGUGAAAGCGCGGCAGCGAGGCCCGCGUCGCCGAGCCACGGCUGGAGGCGCCGGACCUGGACGGUGACUGGUUUUGGCUGCAGCUCGCUUCGUGCCUGCCGCUGCUGUUGCGCCUGCGCUUGCGGACGGCUAGCAGCACGGCCGCGCUUGCAGUGCUGGCGGCCGAGGAGUCCUCGGAGUCGGAGGUGGACCGGGAGGUGUUUCAGGGCCUCUUGCCCGAGAUCAAGCAGAUGUUGGCCAUGUCGGACUUGGAAGAUGCCAUGGCAGAGGUCGCAGCAAAGCGCCGGACCGCUGUGAAGUCCGUGCUCGACACCUCGCUUUCGCCGUGGAUUUCUUUGACCCGGGCGAUCCAUAGAAAGUGGAGACCAACGAGAGACGGCUACAUGCUGAAGUCAAGAGAUUCAAAGCUCCAGUUUGCAAGCGGGACCUUGCUGCUGCUGGAGGGCCGGAUCCGGAUUUCCAACUGCUUCAAUCCGCUGGUCCACGGCCCCAAAGUCACCGGGGCCUGGUGGUACAGAUCCGACGGGAAGGAUGUCCUGGAGAAGUUGGGCAAGGCCAACAUGUCCUUCUCGUUGGAUGAGUACCACAACUUCCAUGGCCGCUGCAGCCUUCCCACUGUCGUGGCCGAAUGGAGGUACGUGGUGGAUGUGCUCCCUCCAUCCGAGGAUGCGGCGUAUGUGGCCGCCCUGCUCUGCGAAUCCAGCGAUGACAUGAUCGAGCACGUGUCAAUCCCGCCGAAUCUUGCCACUGUGGCGCGUGCGGCAGUCAGCCACAGCCAGGAGGCGUUGCUGCUUCGUUGGGUUGUGGCUGAUGAGGAGCCAGUGUGCGUGCGCCUGGCCGUGUAUGGCUCGGCUGGACCUGAGCUCGUGGUGGACGAGGUGCCCUUCAGCUCGCAUCAGCGCUGGGCCGAGCCACCGGCCGCUGCGACCUGAAGGAAGAUGCGUG